CGAAAUUGGUCGUGUUUGUUCUGCUAUAAAUACCUGUUGACUUACCACCAGUGACUAAUAAAGCUGUUGCCCUUCUGAUUUGGCUGCCAAGUUCUUCUAGUUAUCGAUUUAACUUCCAGCACCAUACGACGAUGAUGAAAUACGUUCUUGUUCUGGUCUUGCUGGCAGCAGCAACUGUCACAGCAGACGACAAAACAGCAGACGACACAGCAGCAGAUGUUGCAGGUAAUGAAGGAACAGAUGAAUCAGAAGGUACCUGUGAGAUCGAUGGCGUCACCUAUCAGUACAAUGAAAAACUUCCAUCUGAUGACCCCUGUACUAUAUGUACCUGUCGCGGCCAACCAACACCCCUGUGUAUGAGCAUGUACUGCGGCUGGCCAGACUGCCCUGAAGGCUACGAGAUCUUUUACCCAAAAGACGAGUGCUGCCCUGGAUGUCAGCCCAUCCCGUAAAGAGUAUAGAGCGACCCCUUGUCUGAAGAUGUACGGAAGAUGAUUUUAUAAUCGGUAAAAAACUGAAACACGAAUAAUUAAUAAAAAAAUU